AGCACAGCGCGGCGCGGCCCCUCCCGCGCCCUCCCCCGGCGCCGACACCCGCGGGGCCGGCGCUAUAAUAGGCCGCCGCCCGCCGUCCCGGGCGGAGGAGCCUCCCCGCGGCGCGCCCCGUGUGCAGGCAGCGGUGCCUCCGCGCGGCCGGGCCCGUCCCGUCCCGUCCCGUCCCGUCCCGUCCCGCGGCGGUGCUGAGCCCCCGGGCGCCCAGCCCGGCCCGGGCGGCGCAGGGGCGGCGGGGCGAUGGGCCGAGGCGCGGCGGGGCGCCCCGCUGCGCGGCUGCCGGGCGCGGCGGCCGGGGGGCUGCGCUAGGGCGGCGCGGCGGCGCCGGGCCCCGCGGCGGCGAGGAUGCAGCACCCGCUGGAGCUGGGCGCCGCGCACUACUUCCCGGCCGAGGCCUUCCCCGACCAGCGCUCGCACCGCUACCGCAGCUUCAUGAUCGAGGAGAUCCUCACGGAGCACCCGGACGCCAAGGGCGCCGCGCCGGCCGGGGAGCUCCUCAAGUUCGGCGUCCAGGCGCUGCUCUCGGCGCGGCCCUACCACAACCACCUCGCGGUGCUGAAGGCGGAGCCGGCGGCCGUGUUCAAGUUCCCGCUGGCGCCCCUGGGCUGCUCGGGGCUGGGCUCGGCGCUGCUGGCCGCCGGCUCGGCGCUGCCGGGCGGCGCGGCCCCGCCGCACCUCCCGCUGGAGCUGCACCUCCGCGGCAAGCUGGAGCCGGGCGCCGCCGAGCCGGGCGGCAAGGCCAAGAAGGGGCGCCGCAGCCGCACCGUCUUCACCGAGCUGCAGCUCAUGGGGCUGGAGAAGCGCUUCGAGAAGCAGAAGUACCUCUCCACGCCCGACAGAAUAGACCUGGCCGAAUCGCUGGGGCUCAGCCAGCUGCAGGUGAAAACCUGGUACCAGAACAGGCGGAUGAAAUGGAAGAAAAUAGUGUUGCAGGGGGGCGGCCUGGAGUCCCCCACCAAGCCCAAGGGCCGCCCCAAGAAGAACUCCAUCCCCAGCAGCGAGCAGCUGUCGGAGCAGGAGCGAGCCCGGGACGCCGAGAAGCCGCCCGAGAGCCUCGGCUCGCCCUGUGAGGUCAGCCAGGAGGAGUGACCGGCCCCGGCCCCGGCCCCGGCCCGGCCCGGCCCGGCCCGGCCCGGCCCGGCCGCCCCCGCCAGCGGCGCCGCCGAGGAGGGGCCGCCCCGGCGCCGCGGCGGCCGGGCCGGCCGGGCCCCCGCGCUGCGACGCCCGGUCCCCGCGGCGGGGUCACUUGUGCCGCGGUGCGGGCAGGAGGCGGCCGGCGGCCCGGCACCGUCCUGCCCCGCGAGGAGCGCCCGGGGGGACGCGGAGGGGCGGCGAGCGCCGAGCGGACUGUUCUUGCGUUUGGUCCCGAUGAAUUCAACGUCCCGGCCGGCCCCGUGCGCCGCUCCCGCCGCUCCUCCCCGCGCCGGCGGAGCGCUCCGCCGCGGACGCCGGUGUUGUGCGACGGCCCGGGCGGGCCGGGAGGACAGUGGAUCCCGUCUUUCACACCUGCUCGCUCUCUAAAACCCUGUGGUGCCCCUAGUUAUUCGAAAACUGCAUUUUAUGAUCAGUUUUAUUAAUGCGAAGAUAUUUACUUUAUUUCAAUAAAGUAUUUUAUGAACUAUAA